UGUUAGUUCUAAGUUCUCAAUCAAAAAGUUUUGCGGUUUCUGUCAGAGACAAGUUUCUGUCUAUAAAAUUCUGUCUCAUUCAGUGCAUCUACUUCCUAAGUUACCGGAAUGCCUUCAAUGAAUACAAUUCGUAAUUAUCUCAUCAAUUUUCUCUGGGUCUUAAGCACAAUCAUGUCUCAUCUCCACGCUUGAGCUAUGCCAUCAGCAGAUCAAGUCAGCUAAUCAUGGAAGCACAAGAAAUGAUUAUCGUAAACUCUCCUCGGAAGGAGCAAGGUUGAGGUUCACUCUUUCCUGAAUAUUUUUCUCGAUUGCUGAAGGAGUUGCAGUUUCUGUCAUAAUGCCUACAGUUAUCGUUCUGGAUGUUUCCUUGUCAAUGGCCUGUCCAGUUGCCAACUCUGAGUCUGGCGAGGUCUACACAAGGCUUCAACUGGCUGUUAAAGGGAUCAACUCAUUACUUGAUUAUCUGGCCCUGCACUGCAAACUUGAAUUCGUAGCCUUGAUGACCUACUCAUCUCUAGUGGAUGUCAUUAACCCAUUCACACGCGAUUUUGAUCAGAUCAAAUCCAAGCUGUCGCAGAUCAUUGAGCUGGAUAAAACUUGUUACGAGCCUGUCUUGACUGCCAUCAAUGGAUUUGUUUUGCGCGAGUGGGGCAGCUCCACACCAUGUCAGGUAUGUGUUAGCUCUUGUGUAAUGAGUGACUGCUCUUUUAGUGUUUGAUCAACA